CAAUCAGUGCAGCACCAAACACGUGAACACACAGUCAAAUAGUGUCCAAUGAUACUGUCCAUAGCAAGGGACAAGGAACUUGAGCUGCUACUGGAUCUUGCAAGAGACAAGACGUGCUGAAGAAUACUCUGUCAUCUGCUAGUCAUCACAGAACUAUCGCUCCUGCUUACUGUGCGGCGGCUGACACAGUCUCGUCAAGACAAGGUCGCUGCUGCACGCGAGACGCGCUCCCAUAUGUCUGCUGAACAGAGUACUACAAGCUCGCCGAGCCAAUUGCGCGGCAGUGCGCAACGCGAUGCUGCUGAUGCGCGUGAUAUGGAGACUUUGAGACAACAUGGUCUACAAUUCGGGUAUGAAGCUAGCUUAAGACAACGCGUCUAUCUGCUCUUGCUCGAUGCACAGGUGGAUGAUGAGGACGCAUUCGAUGAAAUGGUGACACCGCACGCUGAUGAGCAGCAAGUGCUGCUCGAUACACACCGUUCCUUUGUCAGUUGCAUGCCUGCGUCUGUUCAGCCAGCACACGUCUCAGUCCUGAGAGAUGAAUUACAACGCCUGAUCUGUCGUGUGCUGCGUCGUCAUCCAUGGCUGCAUUACUACCAAGGCUUUCACGAUAUUGCACAGCUCGUGCUCCUGGUUGCAGGCAGGAAGCAAGCAGUCGCCGUUGCGUUGCUAGAUAAAUUGGCGACACAUGCACUACGCGAUUUUAUGCUCUCAACACUUGCCCCGAGUAUGAGUAUGCUUCCACUGGCGCAUGAUAUCGUCAAGGUGUAUGAUCCUGACUUGCGACAGUUGCUGGAAUCGGUCGAGCCGUACUUUGCUGUCUCGCCUUUGUUGACCUGGUUUUUGCACAAUCUCGAAAGCUAUUCUGAUGCGUGUCGUGUGCUAGACUUGCUUGUGGCAAGUGACGAUCCAGCCAUGAUUCUCUACCUCAUUGCAGCACAAACAAUUCUACGCAAGCAGCAAGUGAAGGAAGCUGACGGCGACCCCGAUCUCAUCUUUCACGUCUUAUCAAGACCACGGCAACAUGACGAUGCUGCACUCGAGGUGUGGUUGCAACUAGCAGUCAAGUUGCAUGAAGGGAUUCGACCGAAACAGCUGCGUCACUGGUCUCGCAUCUCGCGGCACAGUAGUCUCAAGACUAAAUCAAGUAUCACGAGCGAUGAGGCGAAAGAGCAUGCCGUCUUACAGGAAGCACAAGUUGCUGAAGCAGAACGGAAACGGCGUGUCAAGGAGAGUGGUGGGCUUGGUAGCCUGUGGGUGCGUUUGCUGGAGGAGGAACCGGGUCGCUUUGGCGUUGCAGCGGUGACUGUAGGACUGCUUGCGGCUGGGCUGACGCUGUACCUGAAGAGUUGACACCUAGAGGAUGCAUUUCUUUUUGUAUGUAAUGUAUUCUAUCCGCUAUGAUGAAGGCAAAUCACAGAGAUGAUGCCGCAUAGGCCCUGGUACUACUAGGCUGGUAGAUGUUGGUGCGCGGAAAGAGAUUAUUAAUUGUCGGCGAGUCCGCGCGUGAUUGCUUGUGAAUCCACAAAUCUCGCUACCGGAGGCGACCAGUGCAUCACUCAGACAGCUAGCUCAGCCUAGCGGAUCCGUUUCAGAGGUGCAGUCCGACGCGGUAUUUUGCUCAAGCGCAACUGUGUUUUCUCUGCAACGUAGAUGACAAAUGGCGCGUAGCGAUAUAAGGCGCGCCCGCUCCCCACUCUUGAUGCUCCCCA